AUGUCCUCACAGUCUCCCAAAAACAGAGGCACCAGCGUCUUCCGUCGGAAAGAUGCGCCCAUUGCUCCUGGCAAUGGUUUCGACCACAAUAAAAAACGGAUGAACAGGUCGAAUCCUCUUCCUGCUCCUGGCAGAAGCAUCGAUGCCCCGGGCAUCAACCUCGACUACAAUAAAAAACGCAAUAACUGGUCGAGCUCCUCGGCUGCUCCUGGCGCCUUCUCCGCGUUUGUCGGAUCCUCCCCUGCUCCUGGCAGAACCCAUAUGUCCACUCGUGCUCCUGGCACCCACUUCGACCACAAUAAAAAACGUACUAACGAGUCGAACUCCGCUCCUGGCGGCUUCGGUGCUACUGGCACCGACCCCGACUACAAUAAAAAACGCAAGAACUGGUCGGGCAAUCAAAGGAACCAAGUUCCUCACCACCGGAAUCACAACACGGGCUACAAUCACAACCGCAAUAGCGGGCCCAACAACUGUGUCCAUUCUGAAUAUACUGUCAACGCAACUCCAAUCGGAGCCCAAGAAACUAUGAUCAGCGAAACUUCCCCCAGCAAAAUCAAAACUACAAUCGCCAGAAUCAAAAAUACAAUCGAGGCAAUUCUGUAUGGGGCAACCGUCAAAAUUACAAUAAUAUUUGAAGAUGAGGAAAUGCCUGACGCUCCUCACUAUGCCUCCCAAUCCAAACAGAAACCAAAGACUAACAAUUCCAAACAGCCCAACAAGUUCCAAAGCACAUUCCACGAUGUCGACCCUGACAUCGACAUGCAAGAUGCACCAUCUGAUGAACAAAAUGACAUUGAAAUGGUCGACGCACCACCCCUCAUCCCCGACAACGACCCAGUAAGUGAAAUCCACGCACUCAGCACCCUAAACCCGCACCACCAUUCCCUAAGCACAGUAACUAACGAGCUCCGCGCCCAAAAGAGAAUCAAAGCAUUUACUCAGGGUGUUCAUGCCCUCCAACACAUCGUGCACAGCAUGGUCAAUGUUGCUGCUCAAAUUGACACAUCCAUCCUACAAAACGAAUACUGCACCGCAUGA